AUGCUGGCCAACACGAUCUGCCUCUUUGCCUUCGCCGCUGUCGCUAUGGCUGCGCCACAGCGCCCUGACUUUAACAGAGAUCCUGACAACAACGGCGACCGAACGGCACAAAUGAAGCGCGUCGAGGAUCUCCGCAACAAGGGCCUCACGUGUAAUGAGGGUGCUCAGGAAGCUUUUAUAUGCUCUGAUGGCCUUGGUGGUGACUGUCUAUCAAAGAAAACCUAG